CAGUGACUGGACAAGCCAAUAACCAGGGAAUCAAUUGGUGAGAGUGCCUUUCGUGGGAAUGCUACUAUUAUCUAUUACUACUACACUCCGAAAUUGCGCGCACGUUGUUGGUGUUGUUGUCGUUCUAAUGCUCUGAUUCAUUUCCUAAUCACUAUUUCAAUCCUAAACAAUCAUGUCCCAAGGAGGAGAUAACGGGUCUUCAAAAUCUUUGCCAUUGACGCCAUAUGAAGAAGCAUUGGAAGCCUUGUCGUCUUUGAUUACUAAACGCACUCGGGUUGGUGAUGUCAAUAUGGAGGAGCGAUUCACCGUGCUAUUUCAAUAUUUAAAGAUGCUUGAGUUGGAGGAGGCAAUUUCAAAUAUGAAGAUUAUUCAUGUUGCUGGUACUAAAGGGAAGGGAUCUACAUGCACCUUCACAGAAUCUAUAUUACGCAACUGUGGUUUUCGCACUGGGCUUUUCACUUCUCCUCAUCUAAUUGAUAUACGAGAAAGAUUUCGUUUAGAUGGUGUGGAAAUCUGCGAAGAGAAAUUUUUAGCAUAUUUCUGGUGGUGUUAUGAUAGACUAAAGGAAAAAACUGAUGACAGUGUUCCUAUGCCUACCUUUUUUCACUUCCUUGCUUUACUCGCCUUCAAGAUAUUUUCAGAAGAGCAGGUGGAUGUUUGCAUAAUGGAGGUUGGAUUAGGUGGCAAAUACGAUGCAACAAAUGUGGUGCAAGCACCUAUUGUGUGUGGUAUAACUUCUCUUGGGUAUGACCACAUGGAAAUUCUUGGGAAUACACUUGGAGAAAUUGCCGGUGAGAAGGCUGGAAUCUUCAAGCAUCGGAUUCCUGCAUUUACAGUGAUUCAACCUGAUGAAGCAAUGCAUGUACUUAAAGAUAAGGCUUCUCAAUUGAACGUACCUCUUCAAGUGACAGCCCCAUUAGAUGUCAAAUUACUAAAUGGUUUAAAACUAGGGCUUGAAGGUCAGCACCAAUAUGUAAAUGCUGGUCUUGCUGUUGCAUUAUGCUCUACAUGGAUGAAUAUAAAUGGACAUCUCGAAGAGACUCAUUUGAAACAGAUUCAACACACUUUGCCAGAGCAGUUCAUAAAAGGUUUAGCAACCGCAAGUUUGCAAGGAAGGGCUCAGAUUGUUCGUGACGAACACGUCAACAAUGAAAUAUCGAAUGAACUUUUCUUCUUUUUAGACGGGGCUCAUAGUCCUGAAAGCAUGGAAGCAUGUGCAAGGUGGUUUUCUCUUGCCAUCAAAGACCAUAACCUGACCUUGUUUUCUCAGAAACCUGAUCCUUCCAAGUUCUCAAAUGAAGUGGUGAAGACGCACAGAGGUGAAACACAAAAAUCUGCGCAGAUUUUACUGUUCAAUUGCAUGUCUGUACGAGAUCCUCAGAUUCUUCUUCCUCACUUGAUGAAAACUUGUGCUGAUCAUGGUGUGUACUUCAAGAAGGCACUAUUUGUACCUGGUUUAUCACUGUACCACAAAGUUGGAUCCCAUGCUUUAACACCAACUGAUUCUAACAUUGACCUGUCAUGGCAGUUCACUCUACAAAAAGUAUGGGAAAAUCUCAUGCAAGGGAACAAAGGCAAGAAUAGCGGGGUGGCUUCUGAAGAUUUAACUGGUAUGGAAAUGAGUGUCAACAAUUGUGAACACAGUGCAGUAUUUUCAUCAUUGCCGCUGGUUAUUAAUUGGCUUAGGGACAGAGUGCAACAAAACCAGUCAACUCGCUUCCAGGUCCUUGUAACUGGUUCCAUACACCUUGUUGGUGAUGUGUUGAAAUUAAUCAAGAAGUGAUUUCAACGUAAUGAAGUGCCAUUAUUAUUCUUGACGGGAUCGAAUGAGAUAUUUGUGUCUUCACACCUCAUUGUGAGUGGUUUGGAAACUGCUAAUAGAAUGUUAUCAACACAAGAACAUCUUGGGUUUUGGUCAUAGAUACAUUGAUUUAUAUAAGCAUCAGCUUGGUGGCUGUCUUCGUGGGAUCUUUCAGUCUUCAUGUCAUUGUAGUUGAAAAAGAAAGGGUCGGUUAAUAAGGGGGAGUCAUAAAAAGUUGCACUUGCAUGUAAUCUUAAACUUCACGAGUUUGGUUUUCUAACAUGUUUCUAUUCCUGUUAUAUUUAUAAUGCUGAAUCCUUGAUUGAGUGUUCCUCUUUGAGU